AUGUAUCACUUUCUUGCAGCAGUUACCAUUUUUGGAAGGCUGUAUCUUCCAUGCUUGGACACUGACUAUAUAUUUGUACGACAAUUCCCAAGUGGGCAUAAUCGAUUACCGCUAAUUGAUCUUAACCUUUUUCAGCGUCAAUUCACGCUGAUUCUUCAGGCACGAGACGAGCCCAACGGCGGAGUAAUAGAGGAGGCCAGUUACAGCGGAAUCGUCCUUCCGGGUACUACGUGGCACACCUUAAAUCAUCAAGGACGAAACGCACAUCUAACUUAUCGUUUAAGGGUUCAGUGCGCGGAUCAUUAUUACAAUGCAACCUGCACCAAAUUUUGUCGACCGCGCGACGACAUAUUCGGGCACUACACCUGCGACGAAAACGGUGAUAAAGUCUGCAUACACGGGUGGAAAGGAGCCGACUGCGAGACAGCGGUAUGCAAAGAGGGAUGUCAUCCAAUUCACGGACAUUGUAACGCGAGUGGUGAAUGCAAAUGUCGUCAUGGGUGGCGCGGAGACCUCUGCGACCAGUGCACACCGUACCCGGGUUGUAAACACGGGUACUGCAAUGGGUCAAGCUGGCAGUGCAUAUGUGACACAAAUUGGGGAGGAAUCCUCUGUGAUCAAGAUCUAAAUUACUGCGGCACACACGAGCCUUGUCAAAACGGCGGGACGUGCGAGAACACUGCUCCAGAUCAGUAUCGCUGCACGUGUCCGGACGGUUUUUCCGGGUCGACUUGCGAAAAAGUUGACAACCCGUGUGCGUCAAAUCCUUGUCUAAAUGGCGCGACGUGUGUCGAACUGGGUGAAACCGCGGAGUGUCAAUGCGCCCCGGGAUUUUCGGGGCCUUAUUGCGCGACGGAUGUCGAUGAAUGUGCGUCCCAGCCUUGUCAGAACGGCGGUACCUGUGUUGAUGAGAAAAAUCAAUUCAUUUGUCAUUGUCCGGCUGCAUGGCAAGGGACACUAUGUCAAUUUGACAGUCGCCGUGCAAAAACUCUGUUACCUGCGUCAACCUUGCUGGAGAUUACAGAUGAUUGCGUGGGUCAAUGUCAACACGGAGCACUGUGUAUCGACUUGGUGAACGACUAUCACUGCUCAUGCAACCCCGGUUACUCUGGGAAGGACUGCGACGUAGAUAUCGACGAGUGUGCAUCCAAACCCUGUCAAAACGGCGGCGAGUGUCGAGAUCUUGUCAACACAUAUGAGUGCGUUUGUCCCGUGGGAUUCACGGGCCACCAGUGUGAAAUCGUAAAGGAUCACUGCACCCCUAACCCUUGCAGAAAUUCAUCUCCGUGCUUUAACACUCAGAGCGACUAUUACUGUCACUGUCCAGUGCAAUGGCAGGGUAAAAACUGCUCCGAGCUGGCAGUAGACAAUCCUCGACCGGACGACGGGAGCCCAGGAUGUGGGAGUGAAGGAACGCCCUGCAAUGGACGUGGUAGAUGCAGCAACGGCGUUUGCGUUUGUGAUCCUGGCUAUACCGGUCAACGCUGCCAUGAGAAUAUCAACGACUGUCGUGGGAAUCCUUGUUUAAAUGGUGGUACCUGCGUAGAUCUCAUUAAUUCGUUCCAGUGCAUUUGCCAAGAAGGUUGGACCGGUGACCUUUGCGAUGAAGACGUCGACGAGUGUACCAACGCGCCUUGUCGCAACAAUGGAACCUGCAUAGACGGAGUGGCGGACUUUACAUGUGAGUGCCGUGGCGGCUGGAAAGGCAAAACCUGUACGCUCCGAGGCGGUCACUGCGAGCCAGGAACCUGCAGACACGGGGGCACUUGUCAAGAUCACGGUGAUGGGUUCACGUGUCACUGUCCCCCAGGAUGGGAAGGCGCUGCAUGUCACAUAGCUUCCCCAGCUUGCGCGAGUUCUCCGUGCGAGAACGGCGCCACCUGCGUAAAUACCGCGGACGGGGGUUAUCGGUGCAUCUGCCGCGAGGGCUUCGAAGGUCCGAAUUGUCGUAAAGACGUGGAUGACUGUCAACCAUUACCAUGUUUGAAUGGCGGUAGGUGCGUAGACGGUGUUAAUUGGUUCAGAUGUGAGUGCGCUCCAGGAUUUACCGGACCAGAUUGCCGGAUUAAUGUCAAUGAGUGUGCAAGUGAUCCGUGUAUGGGUGGAGCUACAUGCAUCGACGGUAUCGCCAGUUACUCGUGUAUAUGUCCACCCGGUAGAACAGGUAUUCACUGUGAAAUAAGGACUGCCAGCGGAGCCGGUUGCAGUGCAACUACGUGGGACAAUGAUUGCAACGUUUGCGAGUGUCGCAACGCUAAAAAUCAAUGCAGCAAUGUCUGGUGUGGCCAGGGCAAUUGUCUCAACGGUACGUCUUGUUUGGCUCAUGAAGUUUGUGUACCAUCACCAGGCGAGAGCUGUCUCGCGCCUCCCUGCUCUCCGUGGGGCGAAUGUCGGCCAGUGGAGACUGGCAGAAGAGUUGGUCCACCUGCUCUUCCGGCGCCACCUACUUGCUGGCCUGGCCAAGCUAUUCCGGGACCAACCUGCUCUCGACUGACUAUUCUACUCAGAAGAGACACUCUGGCCCCUGGAACCUCCGUAGAACUCUUGUGCAGACAACUGAGAAGGCUGCUAGCAGACCCGCGAAGACCGCAAUCGUUAGUGCUACUGUGUGACCUAAAACCCGGCGAUAACGACACCAUUGAGGUGACAAUAUUCUCAGAAGCGGCCGUAGACGCGGCCCGUGACCUAGGGGAGGCUCUGAGUAGACCUAUAAGCAGGCCUCUGGCUCUGGCCUCAGUGCUAGAAGUCAAAGUCGAGACGGCUUUGCUGACGGAUCCAAUAACUGCGUCAAACAGUCCCGGUAGCAGCGGAUAUGUCGCGGUUCUUGGAGGCGCGCUGGCUACCGUUCUGAUUCUGGCGCUCUUGGGCGGUCUCUGGUACUUGAGAUCGAGGCAGAGAUCAGGACUGACUGCUACCACGAGCAGCGAAACGUCGCUGCACCGGCAUCGCAGUGAUUUGGAUGAAAAGUCUAACAAUCUUCAGAAUGAAGAAAACCUCAGGAGAUACGCGAACCCGCUCAAGGAUUCGGAUACUGGAGAACCAAGGGUGUCUAUCGUGAGACCCUUGUCCGGAAUGUCUUUGGGUGCGUUGGGGCCCGCUGAAGAGAGCCUGGAGAUGGUUGCUGAGGAAGGACGACAUAGAUUACCGCCUCUCUACAAGCCGACGAGCGCCGAGGCGAGGAAUAACACGGCGAGUUUCUCGUAUGAAGAGAGCCUCCAUAAGCCCUACACGAAACCGCGUCUUCAAGAGCCGGCUUAUUCGCAUCAACAAACGCCGCAACAGCAACCCGGAACGAGCGCUCAAAUAGUUCCACGACAGGUGCUAACUGUACACGUUUAA